UGCCCAGGUAUGGCCCUGGACGGGCUGGCCGGGUACGUGUAUAAGGCGGCGGCUGAGGGCCGGGUGCUUACUCUGGCUGCCCUGUUACUCAAUCGGACCGAACCUGAGAUCCGAACCCUGCUCUCCACCGUCACUCAACACGGCGGCCAGAGAUCCACUCCGCUCAUCAUCGCCGCCCGUAAUGGGCACAACAAGGUGGUGCGUCUGCUCCUGGAACAUUACAAGGUGGAUGUGCAGCAGGUUGGCACUGUGCGAUUCGACGGAUAUAUCAUUGAUGGAGCUACUGCCUUGUGGUGUGCUGCUGGGGCCGGACACUACGAAGUGGUCAAGUUGCUGGUAAGCCAUGGGGCAAAUGUCAACCACACAACUGUCACAAAUUCCACCCCUCUGAGAGCUGCGUGCUUCGAUGGGAGACUAGACAUUGUCUGCUUUCUUGUGGAAAACAAUGCAAACAUUAGCAUCGCCAAUAAGUAUGACAACACGUGCCUGAUGAUUGCUGCUUACAAGGGCCAUACUGAUGUAGUGCAUUACCUUCUCGAACAACAUGCUGACCCAAAUGCCAGAGCUCACUGUGGCGCAACAGCUCUGCACUUUGCAGCAGAAGCUGGACACUUAGAUAUUGUGCGAGAGCUGGUCAAGUGGAAAGCAGCCAUGGUUGUGAAUGGACAUGGGAUGACACCUCUUAAGGUAGCUGCUGAGAGCUGUAAGGCAGAGGUGGUAGAACUGCUUCUUGCACAUUCAGACUGUGAUGCCAAGAGCCGUAUAGAGGCACUGGAACUUUUGGGAGCCUCUUUUGCCAAUGACCGGGAGAAUUACAACCUCACCAAGACCUAUCAGUAUUUGUACUUGGCAAUGCUGGAGAGAUUUCGGGACCCCUCAAACAUUCUUCACAAGGAGGUCCUUCCUCCAAUUGAGGCCUAUGGAAUGAGAACAGAGUGUCGAAAUCCACAGGAGUUAGGUGCUAUCCUCCAUAACACAGAUGCUCUCCAUUUGGAGGGCUUGAUUGUACGUGAGCGCAUCCUUGGCUCCGACAACAUCGACGUGUCACACCCAAUAAUAUAUCGGGGGGCUGUGUAUGCCGACAACAUGCAGUUUGAACAGUGCAUCAAGUUGUGGCUGCAUGCAUUGCAACUGCGGCAGAAAGGAAAUCGCAAUACACAUAAAGACUUGCUGAGAUUUGCGCAAGUGUUCUCUCAGAUGAUCCACCUCAAUGAGCCAGUGAAAUCUCGGGAUGUGGAACAUGUGCUGGAAUGUAGUGUGCUUGAAAUAGAACGUGGGAUAUCCCGUAUCCAAAAUCCCCAAGAACCCGAUGCCCAUUCUGCACUGGAAAACCAUGAAUGUAAUCUUUACACUUUCCUUUACCUUGUUUGCAUAUCCACAAAAACUCGUUGCUCAGAUGAGGAGCAGCCUCGCAUUAAUAAGCAAAUCUACCGCCUUGUACACCUGGAUCCUCGGACGCGGGAAGGAGGCAGUCUCCUGCAUUUGGCUGUUGAUUCCGGUACGCCUGUAGAUGACUUCCACACUAAUGAUGUCUGCAGUUUCCCAAGUGCCGCCGUGGCAAAGCUCCUUAUCGACUGUGGAGCGAAUGUUAAUGCUGUGGACCAGAUGGGUAACAGCCCGCUCCAUGUUAUAGUACAAUACAACCGCCCAAUCAGCGAUUUUCUUACCCUGCAUGCCAUUAUCAUCAGUCUAGUAGAGGCAGGGGCUCACACAGAUAUGACCAACAAGGAGAAGAAGACUCCUUUGGACAGAAGCACCACAGGGGUGUCAGAAAUUCUUCUGAAAACCCAAAUGAAGCUUAGUUUGAAGUGCCUAGCAGCCCGGGCUGUUCGAUUUCACAACAUUAAAUAUCAAAAUCAGAUCCCAAGAACUCUUGAAGAGUUUGUGGAAUUUCAUUAAACCUUGGUUUGGGUGAACUCCAUUUGUAUUCCAGCAUUCUGAGCAUUGGUUAUACACCAUUCCUGAGGGCCAACCUGUCUCUUCUUUGAGCAUGGGGCAAAGCCAAAACAGCCAACACAUUUGGCAUCUGCAAAGCUGCUGCCUCAUAUUUUAUUUUGGUUUUGAUUCCAUGACAUUGCAGCUGCUUUAAUUACUGAUCAGGGUUUUAGAGAGAAUAAGAUAUGGUGCUGAAUCUCAACUUCAGUUUGGUUUUUUUUUUGUUCAGUGAGAUUUUUUUUUUUUUUCAUUUCUAAUGGAUGAAGCCGGGGUGAGACUUUCUUUCACAGGGAAGUCUCCAAAUAAAAACUUCUUCAGGUCCUUUUAUGACUGCAGCUGAAUGACUAAAUCUCACCUGAGGCAUUUACGGGGACUUUGCAGGCUGCCCCCCCAGUUGCUUUGUUUCUGAGGGAUAGCUAAAUUGUCUGGUCAGUGCUGGAAAUUGGCCGUCCUGAGUGGGCCGUCAGCAUUAGGCAGCAAGAAUUGGGUGCACGUUGUUUACAUUGCUUUUGUCCAGUCAUACUGACAUUAUACCAGCUUGAUCACUGCACUCGCUGGAGCCGGCUAAAGCAGACAAUGUGAUGUCAUCAGUUUCCCUUCAGGUUUGGGCUGUAUAAGCUUUCUUUACCAUGCAAAAUGAAUAAAUCAUAGGUUACAUUUCUCUUAGGCAGCCUCCGGGAGCUCACCAUCAGUGUGAGGCUCAGAAUGUGCCCAUGUCGCUGAGCCUAUAUAUAAUUGCUUCCCUGUGACCUAGUCAAGUGAACCCAGUAGUGCUGAAUUGUGCAAGGCACACAAUAUAAGCUGAAAGUGACUGGUAUUCACAAAGGGCAGUUUCUGGUAUCCCAGUCAGCUAUGAUGCGUGAGAUCACUGAGGCUGCAUAAGGCUGACUGUAGCUUUGCUUUACAAGCAGAUGUUUUUAAAUAAAGGAGGACUAUAGAUCACUGUCAAUAUAUUCAUCAGUCCAGCAAUCAGGGGCCUGCAUUUGGCGUGUAAUAGAUUUUUUCCAAUUUUUUGUUCAUGGCUGAAGUGCACAUUCUUUAAUAAGAUAUUGAAAAGAUGAACUGUUUUAUUUGAUUCUAAGCCAAUGUGAUGAUUUUAAAGUCCGGUUAACCCCCUAAAAAAAUUUGUAGUGCUGGAGUUUGCCUGUGUGCAUAGGGUUUCUGUACAGUUUCCUAUGUUCAGCAGCCCUGUGGAGCUAAUGUUCUUGCCUUUAUUUGUGACCAAGUGCCUUGUGGUUGCUUCCCUUUUCCAACCCCCCUAUUGAACACCUGUGGUUUGGAGCCUAGAAGUGAUGGUCGCUGAUAUAUACAAUUAAAGAAGACACUAAGGGGGCAGAUUCACAAAGGGCAAAUUGACGCCAGCGAAUGCUUCGCCACACUUCGUGCCACUUAGCCAGGCAAAAAUUAGUAACCAAUAGGCUAAUUCAUUAAAAUGCGCACCGAACAAUGGCAGUGUGAGUGUUUCAAAGCUAGCUAGCGAUCGCUUCUGCCUAACGAAACUUCGUUAGUCCUCUUACGCUUAGGUCAAUUUAAAUAGGGUAGGUACAUUAAAGUUGUAUGGACGUCUUAAUUAGAGAUUUUGGUGCUUAAAGUGGCCAAUUUUUAUUACAAACGUUGAAGGAACCUUUGAACGUUCCGUAUGAACGUCUUUAUUAGAGAUGUUGGUGCAAAUGCUUGAAGUGGGCACUUUUUAUUACAAAUGUCCAAGGAACCUAAAUAAUGACGAGAGAUCCUCUAAUGCCCUACACAUGAGCCCACCCUAAAACAAAUGUUCCAUGCCCCUUAAAUGUCUGGGGAAUAUGUUAACCCAAAAAACUUUAAUAGUUAGGACUUUUGCAGGCAAU